AUGACACGUUCUUCGGCUUUAAAAAAAGAGAAACAGCUCCGACUGGCUCGAAAUACUUCCAAAUCACGAAAAAUCAUUAACAUUGUUAGAAAAAAUACACGUGAACUACAAAAUUAUUUUAUUUCUAAUAAAAGUCAGUCAACUAGCAAUGAGCAAUUCACGUAUAAAACACGUACAUUUACUGGUCCAUCGUGUCAGAAACUAACAGAUUUUCUUAAACAAAAAGGUAGAGAUGAUAAUAAUAAUAUACAUGAUUAUUUUCAAAUAAUUCACAACUCAUUUUUGUUGCAACUAAGGAAAAAAACAGUUUGUACCUCGUGCAAGUUAAUAUGGAAUGGUGAUAUGUCUGUUGCAAAACGAGAAGGAUUAUAUUGCUCAUUGGUGUUUACAUGUUGCAGCUCUCAUGAGAUUAAAAUUAAUACAUCUAAACAAUGUCUGAAUACUUCUAAAAGACAUAUCAAUGUUAGGAGUGUUCUCGGUGCGAAUUUUGCCGGUAUUGGUCAUCAAGGCCUCGUCAAGCUCUGUGCUAUAUUGAACGUACCACUUCCCAUUGAAGAAGAUCAUUUUUCUGAUACCCUCGAUUAUUUACUUCCAACAUUUGAAUCAUACAAGCUUCGGUCAAUGAAAAAUGCUGUCGAAGAAGCUUGCAAGAAAUCAAAUGGGCGUAAAAUUACUGUUAGUGCGGAUGGUACUUGA